AUGGUGACAACAACAACAUCACUCCUCACAGCCCUCAACUGUAAAGGCAACACCCACCUCGUCAUCGGCACAAACCCCCUCGCAGCAGCGCGCUGCACACAAUCCAUCAACGCCGGCGCCACCCCCAUCCUCCUCGCCCCAGACACCUCAGACCUGCACUACAACCUGCAAAAGCGCAUCGACGCAGGCGAGGUAACCUGGCAUAAGAAGGCCUUCGAGGACACCGACCUGUUCACCCUGGGCCGGGACGAGGUCGACAACGUCGUCGACGCCGUCUUCCUGACCAGCGGCCCGCGCGACCCGCUCAGCGCGCACAUCUCCGCGCUGUGCAGGCGCAACCGCAUCCCCGUAAACGUGGUCGACGCGCCGCAGCUGUGCACGUUUUCGUUGCUGAGCACGCACACCGACGGCCCGCUACAGAUUGGCGUCACGACGAAUGGGAGGGGGUGUAAACUGGCCAGCAGGAUCAGGAGGGAAGUCGCCGCGGCGUUGCCCACGGAUCUGGGGGCGGCGUGCGCGAGGCUUGGGGAUGUGAGGAGGAGGAUCCAGAACGAGGAUAGUCUGCCGGAUGAGGUUGACGAUUCGGUGGACCAGUCGGCGAGCUUCAACAAGCUUGUCACGGAUGCGGAUCUGGAAGCGGCGAAGAGCAGGCGGAUGAGGUGGUUGAGUCAGGUUUGCGAGUACUGGCCGCUUAAGAGGCUGGCUGCUAUCACGGACGAGGAGGCGGAGAGCGUGUUGAAGUCGUACUCUGCUGCGCUGCCUGAGACGGCGGGGAAGCCGCCUGCUGCUGGGCUUGGAACAGGGGCAAGCAAGCCGCCACAGCAGGGCAGGAUUAUUCUUGCAGGAAGCGGUCCUGGACACCCUGAUUUGCUCACGAGAGCGACGCAUAAGGCUAUUCAGACGGCGGAUCUCAUUUUGGCGGAUAAGCUUGUGCCUGCUGGAGUGCUCGAUCUGAUUCCCAGGCGGACACCAGUACAGAUCGCGAGAAAGUUCCCUGGGAAUGCGGACCAGGCGCAGGAGGAGUUGCAUGAGCUUGCUCUGGCUGGUGCGAAGGAGGGCAAGACCGUAUUGAGGUUGAAGCAAGGCGAUCCAUUCAUCUACGGACGUGGUGGAGAGGAGGUUGCGUAUUUCAGAGAGCAUGGCUUCGGCGACCGUGUCACGGUUCUGCCUGGUAUCACUUCGUCGCUCAGCGCGCCGCUAUUUGCCGGCAUCCCCCCUACACAACGCGACGUUGCGGAUCAGGUUCUGGUGUGCACUGGUACAGGAAAGAAGGGCAAGCCGCCAGCGCCGCCUGAGUUCAUCGCCAGCAGGACGGUCGUGUUCCUCAUGGCUCUGCACAGGAUUGUUGGCCUGGUGAGGGAGUUGACUUGCCACCUUGAGACGGAGGAGCAGGUCGAAGGCGAGGAGAAGCCAAGGAGGAUAUUGUGGCCGAAGAACACACCCUGCGCGGUCAUCGAGAGGGCGAGUUGUCCCGAUCAGAGGGUGAUUCGGACAACGCUGGAGUACGUUGCUGAGGCUAUUGAGUCUGAGGGUAGCAGGCCACCUGGGCUGCUUGUUGUUGGCAGGGCGUGUGAGGCGUUGUAUGAAAAGGAGAAGGGGCGAGCAUGGGCGGUCGAGGAUGGGUUUAAGGGGUUCGAAUUUGAGGAGCUACCCGGGUUGUCAUGA